UCGGUUCGCAAUCAUAUUAUUACGUUUUUCGGUUAGGUCAGAUGCCGAUCGAGUGAACUCGUGCGGUCGUCGCCGGUGACUUAAACGCGGGGUGCUGCCACUGACCACCACGUUAUAUAAUAUAAUAAACCCGUAUAGAUCGAGUGACAAUAAAAGAUCUACAGGAGAGCCUCGAGUCCAUAGCUUAGUGUUCGCCGUAAAACGACCGCGGGAUGUUUUGACGGACUGCUUUAAGAAAAAAAAUUCCGCAAAGCCAAUGCCGAAAAGGUUCGAGUAGAAUUUGCAGAAACAUAAACGUCCGGAAAAAGAUGGCCGACGCUAUAUACGAACAACAUAAGAACCGACUGAUGUCCAAUCUCAAUCAGAUGAUGAGGUCAGAACAUUUUGCCGACGUUAUCAUAAGUUGUGCGGACGGAUACAAACUGAGAGCGCACAAAAUCGUGUUGUCCUAUUGCAGUUCUUAUUUACAAUCGAUAUUCCUGAACCAUUCCGCGUCGGACGAGGUGACGUUGAUACUUCAAGACAUAUUCCACCAAGACGUCAAACACUUACUACAGUUUGUCUACACCGGCACCGCCGUAGUCCCCGAGCACCUGAUGGACGGCUUCGUGGCCGCAGCUAGCGCACUAGGAAUCGGUCCGCUACUCGAUCCCCGACGACAAGGAUCCUCGGUCCCCAUCACCGUGGAACCACAGCAACACCCUUCUUCGUACGUCCAAUGCGAGCAGUGUGAUCGAAACGACAUCUCUAGUCCACAAAACCACCACCAACCGAAAUUGUUCCGGCCUUCCAAGCGACCCAGAACCACAGGCAUUCUGACGCCUUCGCCUUGGGUGCAGAACAGCCGUCCACCGUGCGCUGCACCAAAAUACAUCCACCGACCGCCGGACCUGCUGUCAAUACCACCUCCUACUGUGCCCAAGCCACCAGAAUUUCAAAAGGAAACCUUACUUCCACCACGGUCCCCACGUCCACAACCGGCAGACAGACCACCUACCGUUUCGGUACCAUCGACACGGUCACCAGACAGCGAUCGAGACGGAGGAGUCCAAAAUCUUUCCCUUGCCAGCGAUGCGAACAACAACGGGAUAUCAGCCAAAGAUCCAAACCCAACGAAAAAUCACGUGUGCCAAGAAUGUCAGAAAUCGUUUGUUACGAAAGCGUCGCUAAAGAUUCACCAGAGGACACACACCGGCGAGAAGCCGUUCGUGUGCGAAUCUUGCGGGAAGCAGUUCAGCCAGCUGAGAAACUACAAGUACCACAAGUCCGUGCACGAAGGUACCAGAGAAUUUUCGGGCAGCUGUCCCGAAUGCGGUAAGCUGUUCAACGACCGCGGCUACCUCAGCUCGCACAUGAAGAUCCACCGGAACCGCAAGGAAUACGAAUGUCAGUACUGCAACAAGAGCUUCAACCAACGGGUGGCGUACAACAUGCACGUGCGGAUUCACACCGGAGAAAAGCCCCAUUCUUGUCACCACUGCAGCAAGUCUUUCACCAGGAAGAUGCUGCUCAAACAGCAUUUGCGGAUCCACACGGGCGAGAAACCUUUUGCCUGCGCCGUUUGCCACAAACCUUUCGCCGACAGAUCCAACAUGACGCUACACAUGCGCUUGCAUUCUGGCGUCAAGCCGUACGCUUGUGCCAUGUGCGGCAAGUCUUUCACUAAAAAACACCACCUAAAGACACACAUGAACUGCCACACGGGCGUCAAACCCUACAAAUGCGACAAGUGCGAGCUGACGUUCAGCCAGAGCAGCAACAUGAGGACUCACCUGAAGAAAUGCCACACUCAAAAGUUGUCCGGUACGAUUAGUUCAACCGCACCAAUCCCACCGAUCAAAGCCAAUCAUAAUGCCGUCGCCAGUUGAUGACAAUACCCAUUGUAAUGGAAUCAGGUAAUCUCACUAACGUCUCACAGAAGUGUAUGUCAAUUAUCCCUAAUAACACCGCAAGUCCUGUAGGAUUCCCACAUAAGUUUUCCAAACCAUACUCCCGUAUAGAACCCUGCUUUUGGUGGCAUUCCUGUUUGCCGUGCAAGGAGUCAUUAGUCUUGGGAAAUUAACCCUUCGCAUUUCUCAUGACAGCUUAUAUCCAUUGUCCUCAUUUUUACAAUUAAUUUAUAAAAACAAAAAAUGUCUAUGACCCCAUUUACCCAUUUUUUAUUCCUUCAUAUUUUAAUACAUAAAUUAUAUUUAGUGGGAAAAUGUGUAAACAAAAUGAACAUUUCUGUAUCAGUUAUAAACCCUACAGAGCUAGCGACUACCUAUAGAGUUACCUAGUUUUUUUUUUUACCAAAAUAUUAAUUGUUGUAGAACUUUAAGAUGACUGGCGAUUUUCUCAUGUAUAUUACAGUUUAGUAAGACGAUGGUAUUUUGUUUUGUAUUAAUAAUAUUAUUAUUUCGUGUUGAAGCCAUAUUAUUG